CUUAAAGAAAAGACAAGAUAGGAUUACCCACCCUGUUUUAAAAGGUCAAUAGAGAGUCUUGAGCUAGCAUCUUCCAUAGUCACAGACACAUCUACUCAUUUUAUUGCGAUGCCUAUCAGAAGCAUUACAAGGGAAUUUAUUGGCAAGCCAAUAAGAUGCAAAGCUGCAAUAUGCAAAAAAUCAGGUGAACCUCUUGUUAUUGAGGAAGUUGAAUUAGACCCACCAAAAUCAUGGGAGGUUCGGAUCAAAAUUUUAUGCACUUCUCUCUGCCACUCUGAUGUGACCUUUUGGAAAAUGGAUUCUUCAGCACCUGCUGCUAAAUUUCCAAUAAUUUUGGGACACGAAGCUGUGGGAGUUGUGGAGAGUGUGGGGGAGCAUGUUGAAGAAGUGAAAGAGGGGGAUUUAGUGGUGCCAGUGUUCCUAGCAAACUGUGGGGAAUGCAGAGAUUGCGAGAGCAGAAAAAGCAACAUGUGCUCCAAGUUUGGAAGUGGAGCCAUCCGUGACAUGCCCAGAGAUGGAACCAGCAGGUUUAGGGACAUGAAUGGAAAAGUGGUGCACCAUUUAUUGGGUGUUAGUAGCUUUUCUCAGUAUACCGUAGUUGAUGUAACUCAUGUGGUUAAAAUUCACCAUCAUUUUCCUCUUCAUAUGGCUUGUCUGCUCAGUUGUGGAGUUUCUACAGGGGUGGGGGCAGCAUGGAAGGUGGCUGACGUAGAGAAAGGAUCCACGGUGGCUAUUUUUGGGCUUGGUGCUGUAGGCCUAGCUGUUGCUGUAGCAGCAAAGCAACGGGGAGCUUCAAAGAUUAUAGGCGUGGAUCUAAAUCAGGACAAAUUUGAAAUAGGAAAACAAUUUGGAGUAACUGAUUUUGUGAAUCCCUCCAGUUGCAACGACAAGUCUGUGAGCGAGGUGAUUAAGGAUAUGACAGAUGGAGGAGCUGAUUAUUGCUUUGAGUGCAUAGGAUUGGCAUCACUAAUGGCAGAGGCUUUUAAUAGCAGCAGAGAAGGUUGGGGAAAGACAGUGAUAAUAGGGGUGGAAAUGCAUGGGUCACCACUCAGUGUAAGUUCUUAUAGCAUCCUAAAAGGCAGAACUAUCACCGGAUCACUAUUUGGAGGCUUCAAACCCAAAACUGAUAUUCCCUUACUCGCGAACAAGUACUUAGACAAAGAGCUUAACUUGGACGGGUUCGUAUCACAAGAGGUAGAUUUUAAAGACAUUAAUAAAGCUUUUGACUAUCUUCUUCAAGGAAAUACCAUCCGUUGCAUUAUAAGAAUGGAUCAUUAGCUAACUUCACAACUUUUAUUUGUAACCUCAAAACUCUCCAAUAUAUAAUAUAUGAUGGAUAAACAACUUCUUAAAUAAAUUGGUUAAUAAUGUAAUGCUUCGUUUGGAAAUCAUUUCAUUAAUGAAUCA